AUGGCAUCUAGAUCGUGCGGAAAUUUAUUGGAUUUAGCUUCUGGUGGAUUCCUGGACGUGCCCCAGACUCCAAGAGGUCUUCCCCGAGUAAUGACUAUCCCGGGAAUCAUAUCCGAUGGCAACGGGAACAGUGAUGCGGACUCUGACAGCACAUCAUCAGUUUUCCGUGAGCGGAAAAUCAUAGUGGCCAAUAUGUUGCCUGUGCAGGCUCAGAAGGAGAAUGCAACCGCUAAAUGGUUGUUCACUUUUGACGAGGAUGCUCUUCUGCUGCAGUUGAAGGAUGGAUUUCCGCCUGACACCGAGGUCAUAUAUGUUGGUUCUCUUAAAGCCGAGAUUGAGGCCCACGAGCAGGAGGAAGUCGCGCAAAGGCUUCUGGAUGAUUUCAAGUGCGUGCCCACUUUCCUUCCUCCCGAAAUCCAGAAGAACUUCUAUUACGGUUUCUGCAAGCAGCAGCUCUGGCCUCUCUUUCAUUACAUGCUGCCUAUGUGCUCUGACCAUGGGGACCGGUUUGACCGCCAGCUGUGGCAGGCUUACGUGUCGGCAAACAAGUUAUUUGCCGAUAAGGUCAUGGAGGUUGCCAAUCCAGAGGAUGACUUCAUCUGGGUCCACGACUACCAUCUCUUGGUCCUGCCAACGUUUUUAAGGAAGCGUUACAAUCGAGUCAAGCUUGGAUUUUUCCUCCACAGUCCGUUCCCCUCGUCUGAGAUUUACAGGACGCUACCUGUUAGGGACGAGAUUCUCAAAGGGUUGCUGAAUUCUGAUUUGAUUGGUUUUCAUACAUUUGACUACGCCCGUCACUUCCUGUCGUGCUGCAGUAGAAUGCUGGGCCUGGACUAUGAAUCCAAGAGGGGCCACAUUGGGCUGGAUUAUUUUGGUCGCACAGUGUACAUAAAAAUCCUCCCGGUAGGUAUUCACAUGGGUAGGCAUGAAUCCGUAUUGAAUCUGCCUUCCACUUGUAGUAAAGUCAAAGAAAUACAAGAACGUUUCAAGGGCAAGCAACUGAUCCUGGGUGUUGAUGAUAUGGACAUUUUCAAAGGCAUUAGUCUUAAACUGCUGGCAUUCGAGCAGCUCCUGCUGCAGCACAAGGAGCAUCGAGGGAAGCUUGUCUUGGUUCAGAUUGUGAAUCCCGCCAGAAGCUCCGGCAAAGACGUCCAGGAAGCAAAAAGGGAGACGUAUUCCACCGCCAGAAGGAUCAACGAUGUGUACGGGUCUCCCACUUACGAGCCUGUGACUCUAAUUGAUCGCUAUGCCCCCCGAGAUGAGAAGACCGCCUAUUAUGCGAUGGCUGAUUGCUGCAUAGUUAAUGCUGUGAGGGAUGGAAUGAACUUGGUUCCUUACAAAUACAUAGUCUGCAGGCAGGGCUCGUCGAGCAUGGAGCAAUCAAUGGGCUUAAAGCUUGAUUGUCCCCGGACGAGCACGCUUGUGGUCUCCGAAUUCAUUGGGUGCUCGCCUUCUUUGAGUGGGGCCAUCAGGGUUAACCCAUGGGACAUUGACGCCGUUGCCGAAGCUAUGAACGUGGCCAUCACCAUGCCUGAAGCCGAGAAGCAAAUGAGGCAUGAGAAGCACUACCGUUAUGUGAGCUCGCAUGACGUGGGCUACUGGGCUCGCAGCUUCAUGCAGGAUCUGGAGAGGGCGUGCAAGGACCACUAUGACAAGCGGUGUUGGGGGAUCGGGUUGGGUCUGGGUUUCAGGGUGAUCUCACUUUCCCCUAAUUUUAGGAAGCUGUCGGUGGACCAUAUUGUGUCGGCAUAUAAGAGGACAAGGCGGAGAGCGAUAUUUCUAGAUUAUGAUGGCACGGUUGUGUCUCAGUCGUCAAUGGUGAGGUCCCCAAGCCGUGAAGUGGUGGAUGUGCUUAAUUCGUUGUGUGGGGAUUGUAAUAACACGGUGUUUAUUGUUAGUGGGAGAGGAAGGGAGUCGCUGAGUGAUUGGCUUGGUGAGUGUGAAAAGUUGGGGCUGGCGGCUGAGCAUGGGUAUUUCCUGAGGUGGGAGAAAGCUUCUGACUGGGAAUCAUUAGCUUCUGAUAUUGAUUGGAAAGAGAUUGUGGAGCCCAUUAUGAAACAAUACACAGAAGCAACUGAUGGGUCGUAUAUGGAGGUGAAAGAGAGUGCGCUGGUGUGGCAUCAUCAAGAUGCCGACACCGACUUUGGGUCGUGCCAAGCCAAGGAGCUUUUGGAUCAUUUGGAAAAUGUUCUUGCAAAUGAACCUGCGGUUGUUUGCAGGGGGCAGCAUAUUGUUGAAGUAAAACCACAGGGAGUGACGAAAGGUGUGGUGGCGGAGAAGGUGCUCUCCACGCUGACCAGCAAUGGCAGCCCACCUGACUUUGUUUUGUGCAUUGGGGACGACAGGUCGGACGAGGACAUGUUUGAGAGCAUAACGAACGCCGUCCUCAGCUCGUCUGCGAUCCCCGAGAUCUUUGCAUGCACUGUGGGGCAGAAGCCGAGCAAGGCAAGGUAUUACCUGGACGACACGUCAGAUGUUGUGAGGAUGCUCCGGGGCAUAGCAGGGGCCUCGACCCCUAAGACUCAGCAGAGCCCACAGUUCCGGGUAGCGUUUGAUAGCGUGUUUUGA